AUGAUCGACUACAAUGUCAGCAUUCUCAACUCUAAUGACCUCAGCACCACGCCCGAUCUGCUGCACCUCCGAUUGGCUCUGGGAAGUCAUUUAGCACAUCACAUACGAACUCGAUUCGAGGCAGAGAAGGGCUACACGGCCACCGUUGGCAUCUCUACCAAUAAGCUUCUGGCAAAGCUUGUUGGCAACACAUAUAAGCCCAAUGCUCAGACUACAUUAGUCCCUCCGUAUACGAUUGAUGAAGACGAUGAGACUAUCGACAACGUGACUGCCUUCAUCGACGAUCACGAAGUCGGCAAGAUUCCCGGCAUAGGGUUCAAGAUAGCACAAAAGCUUCGUACCCACCUACUGCAGCGACCGGCUGAAUUUGAUGCUGGACUGGUGUAUGGUGGUACUAAAGAGACUGUCCUUGCCCGCGAUGUAAGGACGCAUCCCGGAAUCGGUCCGGAGACGUUGGAGCGGAUACUUGGUGGUCCGGGCGUACCACAUGGCACCGGGACCAAAGUGUGGGGUCUACUGAACGGCUGUGACGACACAGAAGUCGGCCAAGCACGCGAGAUACCGCGUCAGAUCAGUAUCGAAGACAGCUACAUGCGCUUAGACACACUCGAAGCCGUGACCCAAGAGCUGCGCAUGCUAGCGAAAAGACUGCUCGAGCGAAUGCACACCGAUCUCCUAGAAGAAGAUGACGACACGCCCGACAUAUCCACGGCUCCCACUUCCGCCCCUUCAAAGCCUAUGAAGCGCUGGCUCGCUCACCCGAAAACACUCCGACUAUCAACCCGACCACGGGCGCCUCAAAACCCAGAUGGCACCCGCAAUCGGUCCUUUGCACGUAUAUCCAAAUCCGGACCCAUGCCAACGUUUGUCUUCAGCCUAAAAGACGAUAAUAAUAAUACUAUGGAUGCCGUGGUUGAGAAAUUGCUGCAAGAGACGUUGCUACCGCUGUUUCGCAAGCUGCAUCCGGAGAAGAAGGGAUGGAAUCUUAGUCUGGUUAAUGUUGCGGCGACGAAUAUGGCGGAUGUGGCGAGGGAGAGGGGUGGCGUGGGGAGGGAUAUUGGGAAGAUGUUUAGGAGGCAGGAUGAGGUGCUUAGGCAGUGGAGGGUGGAUGAUGAGCCUGCACCUAUUCAAAAAGAAGAUCUUGUGAGUGACGAGCAUGCUGAAGCAGAAGAAUCGCCAUCGCCAGAUGAACCACCGGCCUGGUUGACGGCAGCACGGCAGCAACGACAGGAAUAUAUGAUGGACGAAGAGCCAUCCAUGUUUGAAGAAAACCUGGUGAGUGAACAGCAGGCUCAAGUUGAAGCAUCUCCAUCACCAGAAGAAGCACCCUGGUUACAAGAAGCAAGGCGGCAACGGCAAGAAUACAUGAUGGACGAAGAGCCAUCGCUGGACGAAGAAGAUUUCGUCAGUGAACAGCAAGCUCAAGUCGAAGCAUCUCCAUCACCAGACCAACCACCCUGGUUGCAAGAAGCAAAGCAGCAACGAGAGCAGUACAUGAUGGAUGAAGAGCCAUCUGUACUCAAAGAAGAGGUGGUAAAUGAAGACCAAGCUCAAGCAAGAGAAUCGCUAUCCCCAGAAGAACCGCCCUGGUUACAGUCAGCACGCCAACAACGCAUGGAAUACAUGAUGGACGAGGCUUGGCCGACAGGUGAGAUUAUUCACAGGCAAGGUUCUGAGGACUUUCCUACAGCAUCACAGAAGAUUGGAUCUCCUGUGGAUGUAGAGGAUGUCUGGGAAGACGAUGAGGAAGAUAUGACAGAUGCCGAUUCUUUCCGCUGCGAAGAGUGUGGUGCUGUUAUGCCGAGUUUUGCUAUGGGUGCGCAUUGGAGGUGGCAUGGUAUGAUGGAUUAG